AUGAGACUUUCUAUCAUCGUUGCCAGCCUGUUGCCUUUGGCUUUUGCCAGCGUCAUUCCCGAAGUUGAGACUGUUGAACUUGACGCUCGCGGCGACAGUGGCUGCUAUCCCUUCCAAGCUCCCAAUUGCUGCAUCAACUACGCUGUCUGCCAAUGCAAGGAUGGUAAGGCUUACCAGUUCAACCAAGACCAAGGUGGUUGUCAACCUCCAUGGGGCUUCUUGGCCAACCGCGUCACGCAGCUGCCGGGCUACUGCUGUUAAGACAGGACAAGAUCGCGUUGCAGGGAGCAAAUUGAGCAGUGAAUUGGAGAGAAGCAGUCAGUGAUCUGGAGAGUUCGGCG